AAGUGAGACAGUUUAGUAAUAGAAGAGGAAGUCACUAAGCUUCUUCCUCAUUAGACACAGGAAGUUCUCAUGCAGAGAACUCCAAAGCUGGCCGUGUCUCUGCCACAUCUCUCUGCUAUGACACAUUUUUAAACAACCUUUCCUUCUACGGGUUACUUUGCUUUGUUUGUGCUCGCCCCGUGUGUCCCCUGUCCUUUGUGGACCACCUUUCUCUGAUUUGUCUCUUCACUCUAUGUUCUUUGCUUGGUGCUCACACUCACUUGCCUACCUCCAUCCUUUGUAGCCCCUUCACGCCUUUUUGGGCAAGUAGGUGGCAAUGGAAUUGUGGCAGCACUGUGCCCGCUGGCUGAUUCAAUGCCGUGUACUUCCUCCUAAUCACCGGGUAACUUUAGACACUGCCCAGGUAUGUGACCUGGCUCAAGCACUGCGAGAUGGAGUCUUACUCUGCCAACUGCUCAACAACCUCAUCCCUCAUGCUGUUAACUUGCGUGAAAUCAAUGUGCGACCACAGAUGUCCCAGUUCCUAUGCCUGAAGAACAUCCGGACAUUUCUUUCCACAUGCACUGAGACGUUUGGGCUCCGCAGAGCAGAUCUGUUUGAGGCUUUUGAUCUUUUUGAUGUCAGAGACUUUGGAAAGGUUAUCAACACACUGUCCAUUCUGUCCUGGACUCAAAUAUCUCAGAGUAAAGGCUUUAUGCCAUUCCCUACAGAGGAGCUAGACACAGAUGAUGAUAUCUAUAGUGGCCUCUCCGACCAGAUUGAUGACACAGGGGAGGAAGAUGAAGAUCUCUAUGAUUGUGUUGAUAUGGACGAAGAAGAAGGAAAUGAGAUUUAUGAGGAUCUCAUGAAGACAGAGCUUCCACCUGUACAGCCAAGAGAUGGGAAAAUGACUACUGAUGAUAUGAGGAGAUGCUGCCUUCAAGAACUCCACCAAACAGAAGAAAAGUAUACAGACACUUUGGGAUCUAUAUGCCAGUAUUUUAUGAAGCCUCUUCAGAUGUUUGUACGCAGGAAAGAUAUGAGUGAUAUCUUCAUCAACAUUGAGGAUCUACGCACUCUACACCAAAACUUUCUGGGAGAACUGAAGAACUGUGUUGUACCCAAGAGUCAACAUAACUUAUUUCAAGUAUUCCUGCGAUACAAGGAAAAGUUUCUUAUCUAUGGCACAUACUGUAGUCAAGUAGAGUCUGCCUCCAAAUGUCUAGAGCAAAUCUCUCAGAACCAUGAAGGUGUCAAGAUGAAACUGGAGGAAUGUUCCCAGAGAGCAAAUAAUGGACGCUUUUCCCUGCGGGAUCUCCUUAUGGUGCCAAUGCAGCGGGUUCUCAAAUAUCAUCUCUUGCUUCAGGAGCUGGUAAAACACACACUGGAUCCAACAGAUAAAGAGAAUUUGAAGCUGGCUCUAGAUGCAAUGAGGGACUUGGCUCAGUGUGUUAAUGAAGUGAAGAGAGAUAACGAGACUCUGAGGCAGAUUACUAAUAUACAGCUUUCCGUGGAGAAUCUGAAUGAAUCCCUUGCUCAAUAUGGACGACCAAAGACUGAUGGAGAGCUUAAAUUCACUACAGUGGAUCGAAAAUCAAAACAGGACAGAUAUGCUUUCCUCCUGGACCGGGUGCUUCUGAUUAGUAAAAAAAAGGGGGACAUGUUUGACCUGAAGGAAAUGAUAAAACUUCAAAAUUAUCAAAUACGUGAUGAUUCAUCUGGGGACCGAGAGAAUAAAAAGUGGUCACACAUGUUCCUGUUGAUUGAUACUCGUGGAUCUCAUGGUUAUGAACUGUACUUUAAGACCAGAGACCUGAAGAAGAAAUGGAUGGAGCAGUUUGAGAUGGCACUUUCAAAUAUAUAUCCGGACGAUGCCCUUUCAAAUGGACAUGACUUCCAGAUGUAUUCAUUUGAAGAAACAGCCACAUGCAAAGCAUGCCAGAUGUUUUUACGAGGCAUGUUCUUCCAAGGUUAUCGAUGUUGUCGCUGCAAAGCUCCAGCACACAAAGAAUGUUUGGGUAGAGUUCCAUGCUGCGGUAAACAAGAUUCUGGCUCUUCCACCAUUAAAAAGAAAUCAGGGCGAGGUGCACAAAGCAGAAAAACAGAUUGUGGUAUUACCAAGAUGGAGGCUUUCCUAGAGUACUCUGGGGUCCCACCUCCUCCAAUAGCUUUUGGCCCACCCCUACGAAUGGGACCUGGAGACAUCAUAGAACUGACAAAAGCAGAAGCUGAUCAGAACUGGUGGGAGGGCAGAAACACAUCAAGUAAUGAGGUGGGCUUCUUCCCAUACACCCAUGUGAAGCCUUUUGUAUCUAGCCCAGUUCCUGAUCUUUCUGUAUUUCCUUGGUACGCAGGUCCUAUGGAGAGAAAAGAAGCAGAAACUGUGCUGUCCAGCCGAUCAGAUGGGACUUUUCUGGUCAGACAGAGAGUGAAGGAUGCUACAGAAUUUGCCAUUAGUAUCAAGUUCAACAUGGAGAUUAAACACAUGAAGGUGACAGCUCAGGAUGGGCUCUGGAGGCUCACAGAAAAGAGAGGCUUCAAAGGACUUCCAGAUCUAGUUGGACAUUAUCAACAAAACUCGUUAAAAGAUUGCUUUAAACUUCUGGAAACAACUCUACAAUUUUCAUUCAAAGAACCAGAGAACAGAGCAAACCCUAGGACUGAUAAGAUGAAAUAUUUUGGGUCAGCCCGAGCACGGUAUGAUUUCUGUGCAAGAGAUAGAACAGAACUGUCUUUGAAGGAGGGAGAUGUGAUCAGGAUCCUAAGCAAGAAAGGACAUCAAGGCUGGUGGAAAGGAGAAGUAUAUGGCAAGGUUGGGUGGUUUCCAUCAAACUACGUAGAAGAUGAUUAUUCUGAAUACUGCUGAUUGGUAAUUAAAGAUCACACAACUGACAAAUUAUGUUUAAGGACACAUGCUGAGAAUGGAUGCUUUCUGUGCCUCUAUUAAUGAAUAAAUUAAAAGUCUUACAUGGACAAAUCUCAAAACUCUGCCUGCAGCAAGUCACGGCAGGACAUGAUGUAGCUGAAUCUCUAACCCCCUUUCCGGACAGGAAACGUUCCCAUGCAUAUAUACUUACCCACAGAAGCCACAUCAUGAAUUACAACUUUCAAAAACUAGUAUUUAUUUGUGGAGUGCUCCCAACAUUGUACAUGUUGCAGACUGGAACCCUAUUAUACAGCCUUGCUAAAUGAUGCCAAACAGUUGCCUUUUAAACAAAGAAUUGGUUAUAUAUGUGUUAAUUAUAAAUUAAUUGCAUGUGAUAGUGUGAUGUUCCAUGAUGUUUAAGAAUCUAGAAGCUGUCCUUGUUGAAUUUAUUUACACACUCCUGUCUACAUCCAGAGUUUUGUGUUGUCUUUGUAAAGAAAACAUGAACUCACCUAUUGAGUUCAAAAAUGUAAGUUUUA